GUGACCCGUCAAUCAUGGAAAUAUUGCAAAUUUAUCAACAGUCCUGCAGAGAACGUCCCCAUUAUUUACAACAUCCCCUAACAACACAACAACUGUCACAACGCUCUAGUGAACAUUAUAAAUAUACGAUGUAGUCCCGUUGUAAUUGACAAAUUUUAAUUUAGAAUCUCUUUAUAUUUUUUUUUGUUUCCUUAUCAAUUAAUCAAUCUAAUUAAUUAAUAACUAUAUAUCAAAAUGUCCGGUAGAGGUAAAGGAGGAAAAGGUUUAGGAAAAGGUGGUGCUAAGAGACACAGAAAGAUCUUGAGAGAUAACAUUCAAGGUAUUACAAAGCCAGCUAUUAGAAGAUUGGCUAGAAGAGGUGGUGUUAAGCGUAUUUCUGCUUUAAUCUAUGAAGAAGUUAGAGUUGUCUUAAAAUCUUUCUUAGAAAAUGUUAUUAGAGAUGCUGUUACUUAUACUGAACACGCCAAGAGAAAGACCGUUACUUCUUUAGAUGUUGUUUACGCCUUAAAGAGACAAGGUAGAACCUUAUAUGGUUUCGGUGGUUAA